AUGCGAUAAACUAUUCUAAUUAUAAGCACACUACACUUUAUAAAUCUUAUGCUUCGUAUAUUAAAGUGUUUAAAUCUUAUCAUAAGACCAUUUUUAGGAGAAUCUAGGAUAACAUUUUAAUUCUAUUUUCAAUUAAGUAAUUUGAGUUUUUUUUAGCUCCAAUAAGAAUAAGCCUGGAAUACAUAAAUUUAAUUAUAAAUGAAGUCUAAUCCAUUCAUUUCAUCCGAUCAUUUACUUGAAUUGCAAUUUAUAUUGAAAAGAUCCUUAAUUCUACACUAUUUCAUGAAAUAGCUAAAGAGUCUAAUUUUCUAAUAAAUGAUUAUAUUGACUCAUAUCUAACCUAUAUUGUAUUAUUCUGGAAAAGAACCCAAAAUAUAAUUGUAAGUAAGUCCAAAAAUAAUUAAAUUGACAUUCCAAUAAAUUAUCUUGUCACAAUUACCCUUCAUCAUUCGAAUAGAAUUAUAAUUUAAUAUUUCAAUCCUCAAUUAUCGUAUAUUAAUUCUAAAAAGCUCUUUAUUCAGAGGAAACAAACCAAAGAGUAUUAAUAUUGCGAUUUUAUUUUAAUUUUCCAAUAUUUAUGUUAACUGA